CUAUCUCUUCCUCCCUGUCCUUCGUUGUGGUUCGAUACCCAGUCCUGGUGGAAUACCCCGUCUUCAAGGGAUCUUGACCCGCAAGCGCCUCAAUUGAUCCCGACCUCGUUUACUUCGGCUCCCGCUGACCGCAGUGUCCCCCGCAUCGGGUGUCAUCUCGCGGCCUGGAAACAGUGAACCAUCGAUCCUACAACAAGGACAACCGGACUUGCAUUACACGAGCAGCUUCCUUGAACAUAUCAUAUCUUGUGCUGUCUGCCAUACAGCAGUAUCUGAAUCAACUCGUUCGCGUGAAUUAACAGUCCGAGUUGCAACGCAGUGAUUGUCCCGGGCGCUCGGAGACACAACCCCGUGAUGUUUCGCGCACAGCAAAACGCCUUUGACGAUGCAGUCGCCAAGGCGACCGACGAGAACCUGACCUCCGAGAACUGGGAGUACAUCCUGGAUGUUUGCGAUAAAGUUGGUGCCGAGGAGUCAGGAGCGAAAGAUGCCGUCGCCGCUAUGAUAAAGAGACUUGCGCACAGAAACGCCAAUGUGCAACUUUAUACUUUGGAGUUGGCGAACGCCCUCGCUCAGAACUGCGGUCCCAAGAUUCAUCGCGAGCUUGCGUCUAGGAGCUUCACUGAUGCUCUGCUGCGUCUAGCGAAUGAUAGAGUGAGUUGGACUUCUACCGACGAAGAGCAUCGCACUUAUACCGAGCAGAACACCCAUCAACAGGUCAAGUCGAAGAUCCUAGAACGCAUGCAGGAAUGGACGGAGAUGUUCGCCAGUAACCCGGAUUUCGGAAUCAUGGAACAAGCAUACAUGAAGCUUAAGACCCAGAACCCGAACCUGCAGCCUCCGUCGAAGCCUGGAAAGCGGGAAAUCACCGAUUCAGAUCGCCAAAAGGAAGAGGAGGAGCUGCAAAUGGCCCUUGCACUGUCGAUAAGAGAAAAGGCCACGAUUGCCCCUGCUCCACAGCCCGAAGCCAGCUCCAGUGCUGCUCCAGUCAACCAGAACCAGACACCUGCUGCCACGUCCCAGGCCGUCCCCUCGGGUACUUCUGCCGCCACAGUUUCGCGCGUUAGAGCCUUGUUCGACUUUCAGCCUUCAGAACCCGGUGAACUGCAGUUCCGCAAGGGAGAUGUCAUCGCUGUCCUCGAGUCUGUCUACAAGGAUUGGUGGAAGGGUUCCUUGAGAGGCCAGACCGGCAUCUUCCCCCUUAACUAUGUCGAGAAACUCCCUGACCCGACGGUUGAGGAGUUGCAGCGGGAAGCCCAGAUGGAAGCCGAUGUGUUUGGUCAGAUCAAGAACGUUGAGAAGUUGUUGACCCUUCUGAGCACUCGCAGCUCCGAGCUGAAUGUGCAGGACAAUGAGGAGAUCACGGCAUUGUACCACUCCACAUUGGCAAUUCGCCCCAAGCUGAUUGAGCUCAUUGGGAAGUACUCGCAGAAGAAGGACGAGUUCACACAGCUCAAUGAAAAGUUUAUUAAGGCGCGGAGGGAUUACGAGUCUCUGCUGGAGGCGUCCAUGGCGCACCCCGCACAACCCCAAUAUGGCCGACCGGCUCAACCUCCUUACGGCUAUCCUGGUGCCGCCCCUGUGGGAUAUCCUCAAGGUCCGCCACAGGCUGAUCCUCAACGCUACUUCAGUCCCCGUCCUCAAGAAUCACAAGCGCCUCCGGCCAACGCGCCAGCAUUCUACGGCGCAGACCAAGCACACGCAUAUCCUCCCCCUUCACAAUCGCCCGAUCCCCGUCAGACACCACCUGCUGGCGCCCCGUAUCAGCAGCCACAGCAGCCGCCGCCGCAGCAGCGCCAGCCCUCCUCGGAGUCCUACCAGCCCGUGUACCACCGCCCGGAGUCCACAUACGAGAACCCCCAAGAACUCGGCACAUCCGUCUACGAUUCCCCGGUUGAGCAUCCCGCCAGCCAGAGACCACCAUACCCCGGCGCCGUGCAGGUCCCUGCCGCAGUGCAGCAGCAUUUCCAACAGCAACAGCAGCAGCAGCCGCAACAACAGCAACAACCGCACCCGGAAUACCCUGCUUCAGGCUACGCUCCUGAAGACGCCUCCAGACCCCCUCCUGCCCACCAAGCACAGCCUCCUUACCCUUCACACCAACCGCCGCCUAUGCACCAGCCCCCGCCUGUCCCAGGUACAUCCACAACGCCAACGCCCUAUCCUGCUCUGAACGCCGGAGGAGGAUACCAGGCGUAUAACCCGUCUCAAACGGACGUAUCUAACCCCGCGUCAUUCUACCGGUGAUUUUGUACCAUUUUUUUAGGCAUGAUGUAGUAGUUAGUGGUCUUAGGCAGAUGUUGUUGAAUUGAUAUCCUUUACGCAUUUCAUUGAUUGAGGUGUGUGGUUUGAUGU